GUCACGUGACCACAAGCGUUUUACUGAAAUAACUGUCAGAAGAGGAGCGAUGGGAUUUAGGCGUUAAAUUCUCACGUCGUGGAAAGGAUGGCGGCCCCCCCUGCCGGCCAGAUGCCCCUCGUGCAGAGCUUGGCGACGCUACUCAGGGAUUGUGGCGACUCUGUCCUGAACGGCACCAGCACUCUGACUCUGAGAGUGGGCUGCCUGCAGCACCUGACCCGGCUUUUCGAGCAGUACCUCCUGGCCCGGACCCACCAGCAUGGCUUCUUGGCGCUACCCUCGCACCCGGCCGACACAGCCUCGCUGCUGCAGGUGCAGUUCCUCUUCGACAUGCUGCAGAAGACGGUCUCCCUCAAGCUCAUCAGUCCCCCGGGUUCGAGGAUACAGUCAAUGGUGAAGAUCUUUCCCUUCAAAUCUCUCAAGUGCUUGGAGUUGAAGUGCAUUCCCCCCCACUGUCUGGAGGGCUUGCGGGCUGUUUACUCCCAGCUGGAGGUGUUCAUCUGCUCGAAGAGCUUGAAUACCUUGGAGGAGAUCCUGUCGCUGCGUGGAGGAGACCUUAGUUCUGCCCUUCCCUGGCUUGAGCUCCACACGCUGAACUUCAGCUACAACUCCAUCAUCUGCCUCGACGAGUCCCUGGGUUUACUGAACAUCCUCAAGUCUCUGGAUUUGAGCCACAACAAGAUUCAGGACUGCAGUGAGUUUCUGCUGCCCCUUGCUGAGUUGGAGCACUUGAACCUGGGCUACAACUUCCUGCAGAGGGCGCCUUUGCUGGGCCUAAGUGCUCGCAACAAGCUGCUCACGCUGGUGCUGAGGAACAACGAGCUGGAGACCAUUAACGGUGUGGAGCAGCUCUGCAAUCUGCAGCACCUUGACCUGUCCUACAACCUGCUAGUAGAACACUCGCAGCUUGCGCCCCUGUCCCUGCUGCACUGCCUGCGCACGCUCCACCUGGAGGGAAACCCGCUCUUCUUCCAACGGAGUCACCGCAUCAGCACCGUGGGACACCUCUCCCCCAGGGCAGCCCAUGUCCGGCUCCAGCUGGAUGGCCGUCCCCUGACCUCCUCCGAGCUGGUGGUAAGUGCUCCCCUGCCCACCAACUUACCUCAUCUCUGCUCCCCUCACAUCUCUCCUGUGGGAUGUCUGUCUCUCCAGCAUCUCCCCAAGGCAGUGCAGCUCAUUGGACAAGUGGGGCGGACCACACCUCCGGUUGCCAUGGUGCCAGAGCGCGGGACUCAGGAAGUGUCGAGUGGGGCAGGGGAAAUGAGUGAUAGCCUCUCUGUGAGUGAGCCAGGGGUGUCGCGGCAGCGGAGGAAGAAAUCCAGGAACCGUGUGAGAGUACGGCGGGCGAGCAUCUCGGAACCCAGCGACACGGACUAUGAGCCCAGAAGCUCCUCGGCAUUGCAAGACAUUGUCCUGCAUCACCAGAAGGACAUCGAGAGAAUGGAUGAGUUCCGUGACCAGCUGGGUGAGGACUGGCUACGCUACCAGCACCACCUGGAGGGGGUGCCCUUUGCAGCACCGGAUACAAAGAUGCCUCUUGGUCCGGUGGAUUCCUCCAGUGAUCCAAGUCAGCAAGGCAUGAGGCCCCAGGAGGAGUGUCCUCCAGCACUGAUGCUGUCCUCAGAGCCCACAGAGGCUGCUGAGGAGCUGGAGACGGAGUCAACCUUGCAGUGGCCCGGCCGCAGCCUGGACAACAUGGAGUCCGCUCUGGAGACAAGCCUGUCCCUGCCCCGGGGUCUCGAGCUCAUUCCUGCCUGUGAGGAGGAGGAGGAGGAGGAGGCAGAAUUCGGAGUGGACGUGUGCCUCCCCCUGCUGGUCGGGCUUCUUCCCGAGGACAGUGAUGGUCACUUGAGGUCCACAGGACCACUGUUCCUGCGCAUCAAGUCAGGUCAUGCUCUUGAGGUGGAUGUGCACACUGGUUCCGUGCUGACUCGGCUAGAGCUGGACAGCCUGCGAGAAGUCUCCAUCUCCGAGGCCAUGUGGACAGACAAGGGGGAGGAGCGACGUCUCCCUGUGCUGGAGCUGCACUUCAGCUACAUCAGCCGACCACGGCGGCGACGACGCUACGUUAUGCUGGAUGACGACCCCCAGGGGGCGCUGCAGGCACUGGCCAGCGUUUUGUCGCAGAUUGCCGAGGGCAACGGGCAGCAGGCAGCAGCAGAGAAGGACCAGCCCGGCAGUGCCCCUCUGCAGUGCCUCAGGUGCCGCCAGGUGUUCCAGCAGGGGUGGAGCCAAGAGGCGGAGCCUGAUCCCACAGCAGCUGAUGGAACCCUCCUGUGCCCCCAGUGUGGCAGUGACCACGUGGUGCAGCUGGCUGCACAAACGGCUCCGGCCACCAGCACGCCGGUCCUGGGUCAUUCUGAGGCAAACGCAACAGCUGGAAAGUUCUUUGGCAAGGCGCCCCCCGCAGGUGAUCACCAGGUCCCUCAAGCUGUGGAGAAAGAGCAGCAGAACCCCAACUUGGAGGAAGCGGACUUGACUGACACCUUUCUGACAGCCAGGAGCGGCACCUUCUACAUCGGCAGCGCCAGCUAUGAAUCGGAUGGCCUGCCUGGGUUCCAGAGCUCCGCCCACGCAGACUCGACUGCUCCACUCCCUGCCGAGGGCAAGGACGACCUUGACACCAGCUGGAAAUAUUGCUACAGUGCCCCCCAGCUGCAGUUCUGCCCCUCCCCUCCUCCCGAAGGGUCCAGUAUAAGUAUAGCACAGUUUGACCUGUCCUCGGAGGACUUUGACGUGGUGGACCAUCGCCUGAAGCUCUUCCUGGACGUCGAAGUGUUUGAGGAUGACUCUGAGGAGCUGCGCUGCUUCUUCAAGGUGUCUGUGGUAAAGCUGGGUGAUCCCGAGGAGUUUCCGACGCUCCUGGUGGUCUCCGAUCAGCACUUCUACUUCCUGGAGAUCGGCACAGACACACAGGGCCAGCCGUGCGAUUGGCUGCAGAAGAGGGAGCGGUAUGGUGUGGCACAGCUGCGCUACCUGGAGGUGGGAUUGGGCUCCCAGAGCAUUCAUAUGGAGUUCGAGGAGGAGGGUGCGAGCUUCACCCUGCUGGUGCGUGACAGCAGCCGCUGCAAGCGGUUCUUCAGCUUCCUCGCAGGAAUUGCACGCGAACUGGCGCCCACGUCGGAGAGCAAGCUGCAGUCCAUCUCCACGACCCGGCUUGGCCCCCAGCACCAUCUGUGGCCUCUGGUGAGUGAUGCUGUGAACCCAGAUGUGCAGCUCCAGUUCUUCUACCUGCUGGCGUUCAUCAAGCAAGACGACGGGUUGAGCCCGGUGACAGUGCUGGCCACUGAGGAGUGUCUGUACCUGCUGAACGAAGACCAUCAAUGGUGCAAGAACCCAGCCGGUGCCAGCGGGACCACUAUGUCCCCCGGGGACAAGGUCACAGUUCGGGAGAAUCAGCCAAUCAGCUGUGUCAGCUCUGUUCGUCGGUUUUCCUCAAACCCUCACCGGGUGGACAUUACACUUUACGAUGAGGUUCUGAAGGAGGAAAAGGUGUGGGCUCUGAAAACGGACAGCGAGGACUUGACCCAGGCCCUCGUGGAUUGGGUCAGGACCCACUGGGAGGCCAUGUUCGGGGUCAAGCUGACGACCAGUGUCCAGGAGUCGGUGUCCUGAACCCCGAACCACCCGGUGUGGACGGAGAGGGACACGCUGCCGCUCCUCAGGGAGAGAUGUGUGAAAGAGCAGCGGGUUCGAGACUGCUUGGGAAGCACCUCUACUGCAGGAAGAGAUGCUCUCUACCCAGCAUCCUUUGCUCUGUCCUUUCUUGACAGAUAGCUGUUGUUUGUUUAUUUUUUGCAAGUGACCCUAUAUUUUUCUAUGACAUUGUAGGGGAUCUUGUGAGCGUCGAACAAACGGCGCACAGUGUUUUCCAGAGGUUUCCAUCCUUCCGGCCGGUGAACGAGCACGGAGCUCUGGUGGCGGGUUAGGCAACUGAAGCCACGUUUUGGACGCAACAAGUAGUUUCCCAGGCCGAACUGUCGCUCUUGUUAGUUUUCUUUCUAGCGGAGACGUCACCACCCAGCCUGUACGUGAGUGUGUUCCUGUCCUAGGAUGUGAACCGUGACCUUCUGGAUCACAAGCAGCUGCUAGUGUGUGCUGGUCCAGCAAGAAAAGUCAUUUUCUGCAGAACUAGUGAAAUGUUGCUGGAAACUGUUGGCUCUAAUGUUGGUCAGAAGAGCUGCAGGUGGUGGUGGUUUGGUCUGUGGUUCUAUCUGCUUGAGCUCUGACCUCCAUCUCCUCCCUUCCCACUCCUGGGAGGGGUCCUGCUGUUGCACCAUUGAGCGGGGGAUGAAGUGCACAUUGUGUCAAUUAUUGUGAGCAGUUUGGACUGAGCCCCAGAGGACAGACAUGCGUCCUCUCAUGGUGUCCAUGUCCUUCUGUGGACUUGCUGCCCCCCCCCCCCCCCCAUGUGGCACUUUGGGACCGAUCUGGAGCCACAGCUAUAUCUUUCACCAGGGACAAUGCAGCAGUGUCACGGUAGGUGGUGCUGUCCUCAGCUGAGAGUGAGGGAACAUGCGAACGGAACCAGUUGUCUGUUUCAGUGCCUCUUGUACCUUCUGUCGUUUAACGAAGCAUUAAAAUGUUGAUGUGAUCACAAUUUUUUCCGUUUGUUCAUGUUGUAAUUCUAAAUACAAAGUUUGAGUGAAACAAUAUUCAGACUGAUUUUUAAAAUAUACUGUUAUGAUUUUUC